UUAAUUAUAUUGUGCGGGAAAAAUACGCUUUAUAAUAUAUAAUAAUGAUGAUGCUGUUACUUAUGGCGAUAUUAUUUGCUGUCACGGAAGCAGGUGUAAUAGACAAAGUAGCAAACUGCGUUGUUGUCAACAAUAUCAAAUAUGAAAAAGAAAUCUUGUCAAGUAAUGUUGAAAGUCCGUACCAGUUGGUUAUCGACCAUGACACCAACACUCUCUUCUUCAGUUACACUGCACGAAGCGAUGAAAUGUUCAAAUCAGCUUUCCUAAAUUUGAAAACUAAUGAAUUCGGCGUUAUUCCCGGUAUCCGUGGAGGCUUUGCGAAUGCUGUUAAUUAUAAUGCUCACAUCGUCUAUCUAGGUGGAGAAGACGGUAUCUACCAAUUUGAUUAUAAAACUAAAAAUGCUACCAAACUAAACAUUACGCAAAAUAACAUUUGGCAAAUGUUUUACAAAAACGGAUUAUAUUUCACAACUUACCCUCAUGAGAAAGCCUAUAUCUAUAAAGGUGAUAAAGUAGAAGAAGUGGCGCAAGUAAAAGAUCACAGAGUAAUGGUCAUUGGAGUUAAUAAUGAUGGCAAAAUCGUGUACACCAAUUCUUCUGGAAUCUUCCUUUACGAUAAUGAAACCAAUCAAACUACUCUUCUUAGCUACCAUGUUGCUAACGCUGUUACAAAUGAUUUAGUGGGAAAUGUGUAUGUUUCAACUGCAAAUGGAAUUUACUCCGUAAAUGCUACAACUAAAACUCUUAAAGAGCUAGUGAAAAUAGACAACAUUUAUGGAGUGGCUAUGGAAAACAAUGAAAACAUUAUAUACGCGGCUGAGAAUAGCAUAAUUAGAUUAAAACCUUCCGAUAAAGUAUGUGUUGACGAAAAUAUGUUAGCUAAAAAUCUAGUUGAAAUAGAUCCAUGA